AUGAUUGCAUUGAUGAAGCUAUUUGAAGCUGCUUUACAGGAAAUCGAUGAUCGAGUUACUUUGCCAUUCUUUGAUAAUAGAUUGGAUUAUAACAUGUAUGACCCAAAGGAAUCAAAUUUUUGGGGCGAUAAUUUCAUGGGCGAUCACAGAGGUGUGGUAUCAAAUGGACCAUUUAGACUUUGGCGACAGCGUAAUGGUGCAUACUUAGAAAGAAAUGGUGGAGAUUCUGGUUCACUGAUAUCACCAAGAGGAAUAAGGAAUGUGCUAUCUAGAAGAAGAAAUAUUGAUAUGUUGUCACCUUGGGCAAGUGGCAGAUAUGGUCUUGAAAACUACCAUAACGCCGUUCACGUUUGGGUUGGUGGUUCAAUGCUUGGAGUAAAUACCGCUCCAUCAGACCCAGUAUUCUUUCUUCAUCACUGCUUUAUAGAUUAUGUUUGGGAGCAUUUCCGACAAAGACAAACUGUAGAUCCUGAGACGGACUAUCCAUUUGACCAGCGUGCUCCGCCAUCUCACGCACCAAACCGAAUCAUGGAUAACCUAGAAACUGGGAAGAGGAAUAUUGACGGGUAUAGUCAUGCAUACACAAAUCAAUAUUACAGAUAUGCGAGAAGUCCAAGAACAUGUCGCCAAUGUAGAAACAGAUACCCCUAUCUUAGAUGUGGAGACUGGAUCAGAGGACUCUGUUCUGCUACAAACAGACGUGAACAAGAACAGCCAGAGAAUAAAGAUCUAGGGAUAACAAGAAAAUUUUCAUCCACAAUUACAGACAAAAGAAAGACACCACCACGUAAAAGGAGAUCAACAGGUGAUUGGCUAGUGUACGAACAUUUCUUAGAGGGAAAAAAAGUCAGCAAAAUAGGACAAACAAAAAGAUCGAUAAAUUCAAGGCGAUAUAAUCAGAAAAGGCGAUACAAUCAGAAAAGGCGAACAUCUCACAUAACAGACAUGGAUUCUUCCAUGCAAAACUCUUUUUUACUGGAUGGUGAGCCUGAUAUUAAGCGUUGGGUAUUUAUACCGGUUAAAAUUAUUCAUAGACGUCCGUCUGGCUUACUCUUUGGCACAAAAGUGAUAAGGAAUAAAAAUAUUGUAGAUGGGGUUGAUGUAUAUUCAUAUAACAAAUAUAUGAAUUAUACAGAUGAAGAGCAGCAAGCAGCAUAUUCUCAUAGUUUUACGUCCGGGUCAGGGGCAGACAAAGUAUAUGUUCAGGUUGACGGUAUGUCAUACAAUGGAAAGUACAUAGAUUACACGAUAGUUGAUUCUAGAGUCCCUGUAUCUGAAUCUGUUGCCUUCGUUGCUGUUAAAAAUCCUAAACUUAAUUCUAGCAUUUCUUACAUAUCUGCUUACGACUCACAUGGUCGGAUUUGUCGCCCAUAUUGUCAUUCGUACGGGUCAAAUUCUAUCCAGUAUAGGAAAUGUUCCGGGGUGGUUAACCUGACUGAGGAAAAACCUAAGCUAUAUGGUGAAGAUGUCGGGGAGGUAACACAACUACUGUAUAAAUCUGGUAAAGGAAAGGGUUUUUCAAGAAUUGAUGAAAACAUAUUUCUCAGUUUCUACUGCGACUUCCAUGAAAUUCCAUGGGGAAAAUGUUAG